AUUUUGUUUCACCAUUAGGUUCAAAAAAGAAAAUCGCACAUGGAAAAAGUCUUCUUCCCUGUUGUGUGUGGUCCCUGAUUACCUUCCCUGUCGUUGUGUCAAGAACUUCACGCUUGCUCAUCCGGUGAUUGUACUUCAAGAUUCAGCUCAUUGAAAAAGGUAAAUGUGAAACUUAGGAGAUCUACUCCAAAACUAUACGCAACUUGUGCACGUUAACGUUUUCUGAUUGUCCCUUAGAAAGUUUUUUUAUUCAGUUUGUUUUCGAAAUCCUCCGCCUCGCCAUCAUUCUCCGUCAUUGAUGAAAUAACCAAAAGCGAAAACAUGGAUGCGCCAGAGCCAGCAGCUGAAAUGGAUAUGUCCGCGGCGCACGAACCCUCACUGGCGGCGACUCCGGAAGCGCCACAUGAAUUGACGAUGCUGCAGAUAUCGAAUAUGAAUGGCGACACGCAGAAAGUAAAGAUCGAUCCCAGUAAAGUAAAGACUGUUGCAGACUUGUGCUCGUGGGAAUAUAUCGCGAAGUUUUUCGAUGAGACGCAACUGCUCCCGCCAACGCACCGGCUCUUGUGGCGAAAGGUCAAUGUGGAUUGUGAUCCACCCUCGGACGACGACGAGGGUGAAUCACAUGCGAGCCAUGCGUGGGACGAGAAUGCUACCUUUGAAAUUCUUGAGGGAGACGGUGACGGAGACGAGGCACCCGAGAACGCGACCGAUGACGGGGGAGCGAAGUUGCGUUUUUUGGAUCGGAGCGAGCUUUUAGCAGACGUGGCAGAGCACGAGAUACUCGUGAAUGGUACUGCGGCCGUUUUGUCUCUAGAGUUUGUGGUCGACGCGAAAAGCAGCUUUCCAUACGAAGAGCUAAAGCCGCGGCCUGAGGAGGAGGGGACUUUUUGGUGGAUUCGUUGGGUGAAAACCUUAGCUUCCAUGUCUUUGAAUGAAGUGCGCGACCUUGUGUAUGAUCAAGGUUGGGAAAUGCUAGAAGCCAUUUGGAACAGAAUGAAGUACUGGCUGGAUCAAGCGUUCCGCCGGGAAGACAAUCUUUUGGAUGCCCUCCUGCCUACCGUCUUGGAGCAAUCAUCGCACCGCCAUCACGAGCGUUUCUUGAGAAGUUUGUCCCAAACGAUCGGAUUGUGGCAUUGGACAAUAGCAAUUAUGGAACUUCCGGAAGAGGAAUGGCGCAAGCAUUUUUCGCUAGAUAGAGAAAAAAGGUUUUUUCCUCAAGAAGCACGAGAACGUUACGCGAAGCAACUAUGCGAACUGUUUCUCUUUUGCAGGAACGACAAACACAGGCGUGCGAUCAGCAGUUCCGAUGUCCAGGCCUUAACGCUUCGAGCUGCAAAUUUUACCACGUCCGAAGUUGUUGGGCUACUUUUCAAGCGAAACCCUUCUCCAUCUUGGCCCAGGGAUGAUACGUAUCGCAAUCCUGUUAUAAGGGCGUGGCGAGGUCAUUCUAUUCCGUUGGGUCACAUAAUUCGAGUAGUGGACAUUCGGACUGUCCUGGAUUAUUUUGAGAAGAGGCCGUGUCCUUCCAACAUCGCCGGUAAGGCCAGUCAGAUCGAUAAGUUUUGUGCGGAGUUGAUUGCUGCUUGCUGUGCCACGGAACGUCUCGACGUUGCGUUUUACAACGAGUUUGCCUUCCAUCCUAGCAAUCUGGUGAAUCGGUUUGCGCUUCCCCCUUGGCGUGAUUUGCUCAGCAAAAUCGACCUGGAAAUUAUCCGCAGGCACGAUUUAAUUUGUGCGGUGAAGGAUAUCUGUGAGGUCCAAAAGUACGGCUGCCCGGCACACGAUCUCACGAACGCAAUGUCUGCUUUGUCGGCGCUGCGCGUCAAACGCGACAAAGACAUUGUUGCCUUCUGCCAGGAAACGGGAUUAGCUCAGCGGUUGCAAGAGUAUACGCAGCGCACGUGGCCGGGGAAAGACUGGCAAGACUUUGCGCGCUAUGUUACAGGCGGAGAGGCUGAGGCUGACAAGCUGUGGGAGGCAUGACUUCGGCCGGUUUUUGCGUCAAGUCGCAUUCCGUUCGACUUUGUUGAUGUUGCGGAGGUAUACAUGGCAACAAAAUGAAAAUGCAUCUUGCACCAAAACUGAAUUGCAGUCGCACUAGCUUGAAGUGGCAAGAGUAUUGCCAUUGUGAGCGUCUCCCCGCUCCGUAUGUUCGUGGCUGUGCUCAUGCAUCUAUCCGAGCCAGUGCUAGAAUAAAGUUCGUGCGGUCUUUGCUUUUUUGCAGCGAGUUCGCUAGGAGAAAGAU